AUGGCGGCUGCCCGCCAUGGUAGCCCUAGCCUCGACAAAAAACUAUCCUACCACCCUGCCCCAGAAAACAACGGCCUGGGCAUCGCCGUCCUCGUCAUCCCUGGCGGCGGCUACUCGCACGUCUCCCCCCAAGAAGCCAGCAACUCAACCACCUACCUCAACGACCGCGGCUACGACGCCUGGGUCCUCAACUACACCGUCACAGACACCGCGCCUAUACCCCUCUACCCAGCUCCCCAGGAAGAAGCCCUCGCCGCAGCGCACUACAUCCGCGCCCAGGAUAAAGUCAAGGUGAACAAACUCGGUAUCUGGGGCUACUCCGCCGGCGGACAUCUCGCGGCUGUAACAGUAACGAACCCGAACGCGGGUCUCGAUUUCGGUAUCCUUGCUUACCCUGUUAUAUCCAUGGACUUGGCGAUAACGCAUAACGGGUCGCGGGCGAAUUUACUCGGUGAUAACCCGCCAGCUGCGUUGGUUGAGAAGAUGUCCGCCGAGAAGAGAGUGACACCGGAAACGCCUCCGAUCUUUGUGUAUCAUUCGGUUAAUGAUGCGACGGUUCCUGUGGAGAAUACGCUGAGGUUUAUUGGGGCCCUCGCGGCGAAGGAGAGGCCGUUUCAGACGCUGAUUAUCCCCGAUGGAGACCAUGGGAUUGGCCUUGCGAUGGAUGAUCCGCAGAGGAACUGGGCGCCGGAAUUGGAUCGCUUUAUGGCGUAUUCAAUCUGA